AUGCUAUUGAGCAAGUUACUUUUCUCUACAAACUUAGGUAUAAGAAGAGGAGUUGUACCAUUAGCAAAGAAUUAUUUGUACCCAUCACUUGUUUUAAAUUUGAGGAGAAACAUGAGUGACGUGACAAAACCAGAUGAGACUGCGCAAGUAGCUCCAGCAGCCCCAACAGAUGCUUCUGCCACUAAUACACAAGAUGGAGAAGCCCCAAGACCCAAGACUGCUAAAGAGUUGGAAAAAGAAAGGAAAAAAGCUGAAAAGUUAGCCAAAUUCAAUGCCAAAAAGGCUAAACAAGCUGAUUCUGCAAAGGCAAAAGCAGAUGAACCAAAAAAGCCAAAGAAGGAAAAGAAGAAGGCAGAUGCCACACCAGCUCCUGAGUAUAUUGACAAGACUGUGCCGGGAGAAAAGAAGGUUUUAGCAUCACUAGAGGAUCCAGCAUUCAAGGCUUAUAACCCCAAAAAUGUUGAGAGCUCGUGGUAUUCAUGGUGGGAUAAAUCUGGUUUCUUUGAACCUGAAUUGACAGAGGAUGGAAAAAUCAAGUCUGAAGGUGUUUUUUCCAUUCCUUGUCCUCCACCAAAUGUCACUGGUGCAUUACACAUUGGACAUGCUUUGACUGUUUCCAUUCAAGAUACCUUGAUUAGGUGGAAUAGAAUGCAAGGUAAGACUACUUUGUUCAUCCCAGGUUUUGACCAUGCUGGUAUUGCCACGCAGUCCGUUGUUGAAAAGCAAAUCUGGGCUAAGGAACAAAAAACAAGACACGAUUAUGGCCGUGAAAAAUUUGUUGAAAAAGUUUGGGAAUGGAAAGAAGAAUAUCACAGCAGAAUCAAGAAUCAAUUUAAGAAGUUGGGUGCUUCUUACGAUUGGAGCAGAGAAAGAUUUACUUUGAACCCUGAUUUAUCAGCUGCCGUUACUGAGGCAUUUGUCAGAAUGCACGAGGACGGAACUAUUUACAGAUCUUUGAGAUUGGUUAACUGGUCAGUAAAGUUAAACACUGCUAUUUCCAAUUUAGAAGUUGAUAACAAAAAUAUCACUGGAAGAACCUUGUUGGCUGUGCCUGGUUAUGACCAAAAAAUUGAGUUUGGUACCUUGACUUCGUUUUCAUACCAAGUUGAUGGUUCAGACGAGAAAUUGACCGUAGCAACUACGAGACCUGAGACCAUUUUUGGUGAUACAGGUGUUGCCGUUCAUCCUAAGGAUCCUAGAUACAAGCAUUUGCAUGGAAAAUACGUUUUGCACCCAUUCUUAGACAGAAAAUUGCCAAUUGUUACUGAUGAAGAAGCAGUUGAUAUGGAAUUUGGUACUGGUGCUGUCAAGAUCACUCCUGCUCAUGACCAAAACGAUUACAAUGUAGGUAAAAAGAACAACCUUGAGUUUAUUAACAUUUACACCGAUGAUGGUUUAUUAAAUGAAAACUGUGGACCAGAAUGGCAAGGUAUGAAGAGAUUUGAUGCCAGAGCUAAGGCUAUUGAACAACUCAAGGCGAAGGGACUUUUUGUUGAUCAGAAGGACCAUGAGAUGGUGAUUCCAAUUUGCUCGAGAUCCGGAGAUGUUAUUGAACCAUUAUUGAAGCCACAAUGGUAUGUUAACCAACAACAAAUGGCCAAGGAUGCUAUUGCCGCAGUGAAGAAUGGUGAAAUCAAGAUUACCCCAAAAUCAUCUGAGCAAGAGUACUUUUACUGGUUGGAAAACAUCCAGGAUUGGUGUAUUUCACGUCAGUUGUGGUGGGGUCACAGAUGUCCAGUAUACUUUGUAAAUAUCGAAGGUGAAGAACACGACAGAUUGGACAACAAAUACUGGAUUUCCGGUAGAUCCGAGGAAGAAGCAUUGCAAAAAGCCAAUGAGAAAUUUGCCGGUAAAAAAUUCACUUUGGAACAAGAUGAAGAUGUGUUGGAUACUUGGUUCUCUUCUGGAUUAUGGCCUAUUUCCACUUUAGGCUGGCCAAACAAGACCAAAGAUUUGGAAUUGUUUAGCCCCAUGUCGAUGUUGGAGACUGGAUGGGAUAUUUUAUUCUUUUGGGUCACUAGAAUGGUUUUGAUGUCUUUGAAGUUGACUGGUAAAGUCCCAUUUAAGGAAGUCUUUUGUCACUCUUUGGUUAGAGAUGCCCAAGGUCGUAAAAUGUCCAAAUCAUUGGGUAAUGUUAUUGACCCAUUGGAUGUUGUUAAUGGUAUUUCCUUGCAAGGAUUACAUGACAAAUUGUUGACCGGUAACUUGGACCCAAGGGAAUUGAAGAAGGCCACCGAAGGUCAAAAGAUCUCAUACCCUAAUGGUAUUCCAGAAUGUGGUACCGAUGCAUUGAGAUUUGCAUUGUGUGCUUAUUCCACUGGUGGUAGAGAUAUCAAUUUGGAUAUCUUGAGAGUUGAAGGAUACCGUAAAUUCUGUAACAAGAUUUAUCAAGCCACCAAGUUUGUCUUGGGAAGAUUGGGCGACGAUUAUGUGCCACCGAAAUCUGCAUCCUUAACUGGAAAGGAAACUUUGGUUGAAAAAUGGAUUUUGGAUAGGUUGUCUACUGCCGCAAAGAAUACCAACGAGGCUUUGGAAGCACGUAAUAUGGGUGACUCAACAAAUCACAUUUACAACUUUUGGUACGACUUGUGUGAUGUGUACAUUGAAAACUCCAAGUCUUUGAUUCAAGAUGGAACACCGGAGCAAAAGAAGUCUGCACAAGACACAUUAUACACUAGUAUCGACGGUGCUUUGAGGUUGAUCCACCCAUAUAUGCCCUUCAUUACUGAAGAAAUGUGGCAAAGAUUACCAAGACGUGAAGGUGAUGAUACCACAACGAUCUCAAAAGCUAGAUACCCACAACAUAAUGAGGAAUUUGACAACCCUGAAGCCGUACAAGCUUAUGAGUUGGUUCUUGAAAUCACUAAAGGAGCCAGAUCCUUGUUGUCGCAAUACAACAUUCUCAAGAAUGGCCAAGUAUUUGUCGAAUCUAACAAUGAAGGUAUCUACAAGAUUGCUGCAGAACAGCAAGAUUCUAUUGUUUCUUUGAUCAAGGGUGUUGAGAAGAUCUCAGUUGUCAAAACAAGUGAUGAAGUUCCUUCGGGAUGUGCAUUACAAGCUAUUGGACCAGACUGUACUGUCCACGUCUUGGUGAAGGGUCAAAUUGAUUUAGAUGCAGAGAUUGCCAAGGUUGAUAAGAAAUUAAACGUUGCCAAGGACAAUAAGAAAAAAUUCGAUGAUGCAAUCAGUAAAUUCACCGAAAAGACCAAUCCUAGUGCAAUCGAAAGUGCCAAACAAAGAUUAGAGAAGGUUGUUGCUGAAAUCGAAGGUUACGAGCAAACCAUUGCCAUUUUGGAGAAGUUAAAACUUUAG